CAGCCGUCGCGCUACGACGACGUUUCCGAGACGCUCGCGAACACAUACGCGCGCGCUGCGAAAAUAGUGAGCUCGUGGCCGGGACACGAUCCGCGAGUUUAGUGUGGCGGCGAUGUUGCGGCCGCUGCUCCUGCUGGCGCUGGCGCUGGCGGCGCCGGCCCCCGCCGCGGCGCGCCGGCACGCUCCCACUCUGCGCGAGGACGAGCCCGCUCGCCGCACCACGCGUCCCGCCGAGUGCCAGUUCGACAAGCAGGCACGAGAGCUGGGCUCCACGUGGUUUGCGGACCUGGGCCCGCCUUUCGGCGUGAUGUACUGCUUCAAAUGUGAGUGUUUACCGGUGCAGAAGAAGAGGCGAGUUGUCGCCAAAGUGAGGUGUCGGAACAUCAAGAACGAGUGUCCUGAGCCGUCCUGCGACACGCCCGUGCUGCUGCCGGGCCGGUGCUGCAAGACAUGCCCUGGUGACGUCAACUCACCCGAUAUCAUUCAAGAGGACAGUCCAACGGUGGUGAUAGCUACGGACGAUGAUGAACUUAGCAUGAAACAUUUCGGGGCACUGCUCACUGGUAGAUCCCCCCUCUGCAUACGACGGGAUGACAUGACAGGAGUUCCUGUGGCAGCUGGCGUAGCCACUGCCAGGUUCACUUUCAAGCGGCGACACCUCUACUGGUCCGUGCUCCUGGGCCCAACGAUGGCUGUGCCACCUCGGGCACUGCUGUUCUUGGAUCGAGGAGGACGAUUGCUUCUUGAGCACCCGCUGAAGAAAGCCCCGGGAAUUCAUGCUACGUAUGAAGAUAAAACUGAUAAACUAUGCGGAGUUUGGCGUCGAGUACCUCGAGAAUACAAACGAUUAUUGAGAGAAGGAUCAUUGUAUGUGGCCUUAGUGUGGGGCGACGAACGGAACAACACUAUGGACAGCGCUCUGAGCGGUCGAAUCAAUAGGUAUCCUGCAUUGUCGUCGGAGAUGUUUACGUCUUUGCUAGAGCCUGAGCAUCCACCGGCUACGAUUGGCAAUGGUCCUUGCGACGACUACAGGACCUUGGGUCAAGACGAAGGAUGGUGGGGAGGAACCGCGGUGGUGACGGGAGCGGCCGGUGCGGCGCCAAGCUUGCAUCUGGCUUUGCUCUACAAUGGAGUGUUCACCCCAGCCUCUAGAGAUCAAGCUGUCAGGGUGCUGCUUACGCUACCUGACAAAAAUCAAACGAUUAUUAAUGAUGUGCAAAAAGUCCCGAAGCCCAGUUAUGAGAUGAACAUCCUCGAAGUGUCAACCCCAGUGUCAGCUGCCGAGCUGAGGUCCUUGGCCCGAGGGCGUCUGCUCCUAACUGUGGAGUCUAUCGGGAACCCGGACCGGAGGAUCAGUGGCAGCGUGAGGCAGAGAGCCGCGUGUGAGGUGUUCCACGCAUCGUUGGUAGCGGAGAGACCACCCGCGUCGCCGGCGCCUGAAGGACUGGCUUUGCUUUACAUCGACAAAGAGGGCUCGCUUGUCUAUGAUAUACAGGUGGACAACAUGGGGAUAACUGAUCCGAAGAUAACGCUGGUGGAGGAACAGGGGAAGCGUCACUCUCAGGUUGAGAUACUGGACACGCAUAUCGGAGUGUUGGCCAGACCCAGUGCGAGGAUCUUCCCUCCUUUGUAUGAUGACCAGUUGGCAGUGCACAUUGGUGCUGACCUUGGUCCUCCAGUCCUUCGAGGCAGAUUAAUGUCGCGGCCGUUACCAGACGCCGCGGGCUCUGGCCCGGCGCUGCUGCGACGAACUGACGCCCGCCAGCCGGUCACAGCUAACCCGGUCGCUGGCCUGGCCUGGUUGUCAGUGGACGCGUUAUGUGGACUGCACUAUGAGGUCACAGUAAUGGGCAGCGCCGGACCAUGGUCGGCGUGGUUGGAAACUCACCCAGGCAGCGAAGCUCGAUCCCUCACUGGCAUAGAAGGUUGCGUGUUAGAACCAACUGCAGCCGAACUAUCUGCACUGCACGAUGGAGUCGCAUUCCUGGAUAUCAGAGCGGCUGACAAUGACACGGCAAUACUGCGCGCGCGGUUAACACAGAUAAGCGUGCCACCAUCCUGUCUGCCAACCAAUUCUUGGAAUGGCGGGAACGAGCUGAGUCCAAGCUACACGCCGUCUCACGUCAAUACGUCGCCUCCUGACAAUUCGCUGUCCAACACAGCAUCUUGCUACUACGCCGGGGCGUUUUAUGAGGAUGGUGCGCAAUGGAUGGCUGUUGAUUCAUGUCACAUGUGCGGUUGCGUGCACGGAGCUCUCCGCUGCGACCCGGUGAGAUGUCCUCCCGUGAACUGCAGUGUACCGACCAUCCAGCCCCCUGGACAAUGCUGCCCUAUCUGUACCAAUUCAACCACAGCGGUCUGGAACGAAUCCCACGGCUGCCAUUUGGCCGGGCAGUACCACGCUCCAGGGUCUUCCUGGCACCCGUACCUAGUUCCCGAGGGAUACGACACUUGUGCUGUUUGCACUUGUGAGUUCUCGACCAGGCAGGUCCGCUGCCCGAGGGUCAGGUGCCCUCCUCUCAGGUGUUCUGAGAGGGAAGCGUACCGACCAGAUAAGAAGUCUUGCUGCCGUGUUUGUCCUGAGGUAAAAGCGAAGAAACCAGAAGACGAAACUCCAAAGGACCAGGCCGCGCCGCGGACCGCCGAGGAGAUCCUGGCGGAGGGCGGCUGCAAGUUCCCCGACGGCCCACUGCCCAACGGGAAGGAGGUGCACCCCUCCAUCCACUCGCACGGGGAGCAGAGAUGCGUCACCUGCCGCUGCAAGGACGGCGAGCUGACGUGCGUUCGCAAGCGCUGCAGCCGCGCGGCGUGCGCGCGGCGACGGCGCGGCGACGCGUGCUGCACGUGCGCGCGGAACCGCCGCCAGCGCGCGCCGCCGCGCCCCAGCUGAGCGCAGUGAGUGCUAUAGACUGAUGUACUGUACGAUUCGAAUGUGUUAGCUUUAGGAUGCGGCCUACGUAACGCCACUGACGCGCCCCAGCUAAGCUGAUGUGAGUGCUAUAGACUGUACGAUUCGAAUGUGUUGUAUCUAGUUAUAGGAUGCGGCCUACUGUAACGCCACUGAGCGGGGGACCUUUGGACUGACUGUACGAUUCGAAUGUGUCUAUAGUCUGGUCUGCGAGCACGUAGAAUUUUGUUCAAUGACCCCAAGCUACCCAUUCUUAUUGCUCACGCGUAAUUAAGGAUGGGUAGCUUGGGGUCAUUGGACAAAAUUCUACGUGCUCGCAGACCGGGCUUUAGCUUUAGGAUGCGGCCUACGUAACGCCACUGAGCGGGGCACUUUGAACUGACUGUACGAUUCGAAUGUGUCUAGCUUUAGGAUGCGGCCUAUGUAACGCCACUGAGCGGGGCACUUUGAACUGACUGUACGAUUCGAAUGUGUUGUAUCUAGCUUUAGGAUGCGGCCUAAUGUAACGCCACUGAGCAGGGACCUUUGAACUGACUGUACGAUUCGAAUGUGUCUAGCUUUAGGAUGCGGCCUACUAUAACGCCACUGAGCGGGGCACUUUGGACUGACUGUACGAUUCGAAUGUGUCUAGCUUUAGGAUGCGGCCUACUGUAACGCCACUGACGCGCCCCAGCUGAGCUGAUGUGAGUGCUAUAGACUGAAAAACUGAAUUGUACGAUUCGAAUGUGUCUAGCUUUAGGAAGCGGCAUUGUAACGCCACUGAGCGGGCUGGAGUCGAUUCGAAUGUGUUUAGCUUUAGGAUGAUUCCUAUUGCAACGCCAUCGCGCCACUGAGCAGACUCGCACUUUGGACGGUACCACUUAGAAUGUUUCUUGUUUUCAGUGUACGAUUCGAAUGUGUCUAGCUUUAGGGUGCAUUUGAAGACUUUGGACUGUUGGCUGAUAUAGUACUGAUAGGGUAGUGUAAAUUAUUUAGUUGUGACUUUUCUAUUAAGCAUACAAUUGAAGUUAUGUUAGUGAAUUAAGGUUUUAACCCAGUGUAUAUAUAACAAGAUCAGAUGAUAAACUAUGCUCUCGGUUAAAGGUGUCAGCUUUAGCUGAUACCUCACUAUCACAGCACUUAUAAAUAUGACUGGAGGUGACCCAUCGUGACAUCUGUGGGACGUGGGUGUGUUCGAUAAAUAAGAACUGCGUUAUUGCGUGUUAUCAUGUCGUAGGCAUGUACAGUCAACGACAUAUUAUGCUGAACAUCUUUUUUUGACAGCUGUAAUUUGGCUCUUGGCUCUAUCAGCACCAGCGUUUCACAGGGUAUAACAUUCAUAUGGCUUGACAAAAGCGGAUCGUAAUCUUGACUUGACUGAUGUCUUUGGCGUGUCUUCUAGCGCUCACGCUCAGUGGCGGUACGGCAUCGUAUGACUUAUUGUAGAGUCGGUCGCGAUGUCUCGGCUUCGGCGACGGUAGCUUUACAGUGUAGCGUUACACGGAGUGAAUAUUUAAUUACCCACCGGUAUUUUAAUUGGUAUUAUGAGACGUCCCAAAAUUUUUAAGGCGCAUUAACGUUAUUUUCCGAUACUGAUACGAUUGUAGUGUUAAGUCGACGGCUCGAUCGCUCGGUGUUCAGAUGGUGCGAGCGCGGUCGAUAAAGAUGUGCCAUAUUUUCUUAAUGUAAAUAUAAAUUAUUACUUUAAUUAUUACUUAUGUGCAUAUUUAUUUACUUUUCUAAUAUGAACGAUACGGGAACACGGCGCGUGUAGGUAUUUGUGUUUAAACCAUUACAAACUUGUGUUAUUAGGUCGUCUUGUUUGUGCAUUUGCUUUUAGUUUUGUAAUAAUCUAAUUAUUAAACACACGAUUGUAUUAUGUACACUUGAUGAAAAUUGUAUCUUUUAUUUCCUACAUAAUUAGUGAUUAUAACCUGUGUCGGAAUAGGGAGUAGAUAUUGUAAUGGAACCACAAAAUUGACCAGACAAAUUGACCGACUAAUUAAAACUAUAAUUACUACUUAAAACCUGAUUUAAGUACUUAUUUCUAUUGGUAUAUUAAAACGCAAUUUUUGCAAUAGAGCUGAAUUUUGUGGUUACACUGUACAUCUUAGAUAACCUAUUCAUUAUCAUAAAACUUGUAAAUACUACGUAAUAUUUGGUUUAGAUAUCAUAUUUUUAACAUGAUAUACAAUUUUAUACUUGUAACAAUAAAGAUUGUACCGUUUAAAAUGGAUAUAGAUAAGGUAGUCUAUGCGAAUUUCGUGACUAGUUUUGAUUAAUUACUAGGUUAACUAUUAGUUACGUAAUUAAGGAAGCUAGUCCAAAUAAUGUGUUGAUGUGAUGGAAAUGAAUGCCAUUUAGAUAGAGAUAUGUUUGUCAUGAAAUUUCAUUUAAGAGGCCUCGGUUACAAAUUCAUACAUUCACUUGUUUACGACGUGGAGCAAAAUGUAAUUAUUAUUCAUUAUAUUUCUUCAUUGUUAUUCCAUUAUUGAUAGACACUUAAUUUCAUACUCAUGAGGCCUUAGUAUUUUACCUCUACGAUAUUUUGUUUCAAGAUUUUUGGAAUUAUUUCCGAUAUGUUGCCAAAAAAUGUUUUUGUUAACUUUGUAAAAUAAAAAUUUUCGUUUCGUUGUGGGUUCUAGUCCAUCAAAAUUGUGAGCAAAAUGUAUUAUAGUGUUAUAUUGGCUAUAUUAAGAUUUGUUUUUGACAUUAUGAGAAUAUCACUCGAUUAAGCAAAGAGUUAUCUUGAUAAUAUUUUUUGUAUAAUCUAACAAUAGAAAAGUAGACACCUAUGGCUUGCAAAUAACAUAACUAAUGGCCAUAAAGGAUACUAUGAAGUCGCUUGUAUUGCAUUGUUUUUCUAUUUAAUAAUAUUAGAGUUAUAUACUCCCGUUAUGUGGACUUAUGAGAUGAUAUUUAACUUUCUGAAUCUAUAUUUUAUUAUCAAUUCGUCGAAACAAAUAAUUAUCCACAAUUUUGUGUUUUAAACAUCAUUUUAUUAAAUUUUGGGUUGGCUAGGUGCAUCCAGUCAAUAGUUUAUAAAUUGUCGAACAGUUCUGAUAUGAAAUAAAUUACCUGUGAACACA